GACCAUAACUAACUAUAUUUUUAGUGGAUUUACCGGGUUUAAACAGUCAUGAUGUUCGCAGGAAUGAUCAGGGUGGAAAACAACUUAAAAACACCCCAAACUGACACCGACUCCACGUGUCACCGGUGCGCUGUGAGGACAGGUGGUGUGAGUCCGAAGGUGGCAGCGGGAAGCUAUCGCAGGAGGAGCUUCAGACGCCCGGGAUACAUGCGCUCAGAGCCGCUUAACCACUCAUGUGACUCUAAACACGUUUCUGGCUGGCCUACUACUGAGAACACUCAAAAGAGCGCUUCGAAAUUACCCAGCAGCCCCAGUGAGCGAUGGCUUAGGGAGGUUUUCAAGAGAGACGACGGCCAGGAUUCUCCCGAAACUCACCGUUUGCGUGACGCCAAGGAAAACUCCCCAGUGCCAUCGCGCAGCGUCUUCAAUUCCAGCUUCAGCUUCAUUCAGCAGUCGCUAGAAACUGGUGAUCUGGUAGAUGUGAGCGCAAACAAAUCCGCGAGCAAACGAUCUGAACGCUCUGCUGCUUUAGAACCUCACACUGCUUUGGUUGUAGAUCCCUUGAGCCAAUCAGAGAUCAGCACUUCUCCGAUUAGCCAAUCAGAACGUGAGGUUUUCUCAUUAAGCAAUUCCCCUUGCUCCACUGGUCGGCAAAAAAGUCUUUUAUUGGACCGAGAGCUGUGGCUAGAAGACCUGGAUGUACAGAUUUCGUCCUCCGUGACGUCUUAUGCGAAAGAAAGCGUCCAGGACUCUGACUCUGGCUCUCUGGACACUGAAGUCACGUCUUCGUUCUCGAUCGACUCGUCAGACUCGGCCUCCUCGGUCACGUCCGGCUACGACAGCACAACCCCGUCCUCAGAUCAGAGUCGAGACGGUCUGAGAAAGAAGUACGAGGAUGUUCUGCAAGACUGUCUGCAGAGCAAUCGCACAAACACUAAGAUCGAGUCCAUGAUGAUGAAGCUUCAGAGACUACAGCACAAAGCGGUUCUGGAUGAUGAUUAUGACACAGCCGAGCAUUUUGGUGAGAAGCUGGAGGAACUGAGGAGAGAGCGAGCGACGCUGAAGCCUGGUUUACCGUCCAGACAUCCGCAGGUCACUGGAUUUCUGGAACCUCCCAUACACACCGCUCAAAGCGUCAUCCACAGGACAGACACAGACUGCAGGCAAAACGGUGAAUCGAGUGCCGAUCAGGGAUCAAGCAGCUCUCAGACCCGGUUUCCAACACGAGAGAAACUGUUAGAGGAAAAACAAAGGAUUCAGAGGGAGAUGUGUGAUCUUCAGCGGAGGCUGCAGGAGCUGCAGGAGCGGAGCAGAGCUGUGGAGGAGCAGCUGGAGCCCGUCCUCAGAGUCUGUGAUCCGGCUCAGCUGCGGCUGACGGCUCGAGCGCUGGAGGACAUGAUCAGCUCUGAACACCGGGCCCAGAUCAGCGUGUCUCCACCUGCAGAGAUCGUCAGACUUCAAGAGCAAGAGCGAGCACUGAGGUCAUCCAUCAAAGAGGCAACGGCUAAAGUGGUGAUGAGUCAGAGACUGGGCUCUAGUGUGAGCCGGAAGGUCAGCGAGAGUGACACACAGCUGCUGGCCCUUCAUGAGGCGAAGCUCGCAGCCCUCUCAGGAAAUGACUUCUGCAGCGCGAAGGAACUGAAGGCAGAAAUCAGGAGCGCGUAUGGCGAGAGAGAUCGUCUGGAGGGGCUGGAGAGGAAGCUGAAGACUCUGAGCACAGGAAGUGGACGGGAUCUGAGCCGCAUGAAGGAGCAACACAAGCAGAUCAAACUGGAGCUGCAGGAGAGAGAAGCCCAGUACGAGCGCAGUUUAAAGGAAAACACUCUGAAGUAUAUUGAGCUUCUGGAGGACAGACUUCACAGCUGUGGAAGUCCAGCACUGGAGCACAUUUGGGAGGCUGAUUUGGAGGCUUGUCAUCUCCUCCUGAAAGGCCUCGAUCAGCGAACCUCCAGCAUCUCAGAAUCGGAGGAUCUUCCCUCCAUCCCUGGAUCGGGUUCAGAUGUCCUGCCGUUCACUAAAGAGGAAGUGGACUGUGCCAUGUUGACCGCUCUAGGGGGGCACUGGUGUCCCGAGGCUGACCUCCAACACUCAGAAUUCACUAAGAAAUUAGAGGAGUUUCUCUUCUGUUUGGAGGACGCGUCUCCUGAGGAUCUGUGUGGAGAGACAACAGAGCUGGCAGAGCGCUGUGAACUCAUCAGUGAGCGACUGCAUUACCUGGAAGAGCAGCUUCAGACCGCCAUAGAGCAGCACGACAAGGACCUCACUCUGUCCUUAGAGAAGGAGGUUCAGGAAGUGAAGGCUGCUCUUCAAGCGAUGCUGUCACAGCUGAAGGAGGAUGAAGAGGAGGAUGAAGAGGAGUAUUGUGAUGUAGAAGAAGAGGAGCAUUACUUCAGUGACAGCUGGGAAAUCUAAACAGACUCAUGAUUUAUAUCUAUGUUGUAUUCACGGUGCCUGUGCAAGUCUGUUUCAUACUGUCAUCUUGCACUGAGCUCUCGCACUUGAAGAGAAUAAUUCAUCAUGUUCUAGUUUGCCCACAUGUAAUUUUAAGAGCACUGUACUGUACGUUUACUCUGUGCUGCAUUUGUUUUUUUUUGUUUGUUUUUUUGAAGGUUGACAAUACAAAUCACUAUGCACUUUCAUUUCCAUCUAAGAUAAAAAUUUUUGUUUCAUGCAAGUGAAAAAAUAAAGUGUUUUGAAUGACAUGUGGGUGAGUAAA